AUUUAGUCGUGGCGUUGGAACGCCCCCUUUACCAUGGGUCGUUGGGCGCGUGCGCGAACAAUUUGACAUAGACUAGCACAGCACCUCAGCCUCUUUCAGUGUAGCAGAAGUGUCACUGAACACGCCCGUAUCUCAGCGCUUCAGUGCAUUAUAUUCAUAUACAACUACAUCAUUCAUCACACGAUUUUUUUCUUCGCGCAAGCUGGGCGGGCGUGGCAACGCCUGCUGUUCCGCGACGAACAAACGCACAAACAUAUUCACCGCGGUGAACAACUUCUUCGCUGAUUCGCCACUGGUGAAUCAGCUCAAAGGUAUCAUGACGAGACAAACAAACAGCAGUGGAGGAGAGCCGGGCCCUCCAGAUGAAUCCCGCGCCAGCAACAGAGACCCGCCAGCACUGUCGCUCAGCACUUCAGACAGUCAGCAGCUACCGGAGCAGGCGUCUCCGAACAAGCCGGCCCGCCAGGUGACCUUCCUGAAGCCGGCUGCCGACACCACGCUCGACAGGAAGGCCUCCAUCGUGGACGAGACCUCCGGCAUCACCAGGACGCAAAUGAAAGAAUUCCGUGAGGCAUUCCGCCUGUUCGACAAGGAUGGCGACGGCACCAUCACGAAGGAGGAGCUCGGCAGAGUGAUGCGCAGCCUCGGGCAGUUCGCCAGGGUCGAGGAGCUGCAGGACAUGCUGCAGGAGGUCGACAGCGAUGGCGACGGCAACGUCAGCUUCGAGGAGUUCGUGAGCAUCCUGUCCAAGUCCAUGAGUGGCCCUGCAGGGAACACCAGCUCCGCUGAGCAGGAGGAGAGGGAACUGCGGGACGCGUUCAGAGUGUUCGACAAACACAACCGCGGGUACAUCUGUGCCUCCGACCUGAGGGCCGUCCUCCAGUGCUUGGGAGAGGACUUGUCUGAGGAAGAGAUCGAGGACAUGAUCAAAGAGGUGGACGCAGACGGCGAUGGCCGCAUUGAUUUCCUUGAAUUCGUCCGCGCCCUGGGCGAGCCUGAGGACGCGUGUGAUGAUGAAGACGAGGACGACACGACUGACGGACCAGACCUCAUGCUGCAGCGGCCUGUAGCUGCCAACUAAACUGACGAUAUCAACACGUAGCCAGGAUUAGGAAGACAUACCACUAUCUAGGACAAAAAUUAUACAUGUAAAGAUCAAGCCAGGAUGCAUGCAACACAUGAAAUUAUACCUAUCUAUAAAGACAGAUAAUAUUUUAAAUGUGUCUAAUUGAUUAAGCAGCAAGCUAUUGACGAUUAUCCUAAAAUCAUCAUCAUUAUAAGUGGCCACUGUUGACCAAAGGCCUCUUCUCACACGGAGAAGGUUUGAGCAUUAAUCAAUACACCACGCUUAUCUACUCAAUACCUACGGGUAUCCUAAAUUACCUACGUAGAAAUAUGUAGUUAUUCACUUUGUUAACAUUGUUAACCGCCCAGUUAUACCUAUAUCAACUACCGUGCCCAUGGCGCGCGGAUACAAAUCGAAAAAAUUAUAUCUACACUAAAUAAGGAGGAGCAAUCGUGUGAAUAGAACGAAAAAAUCAUGCUUAUUUUCUAUCGCAGCAAUACGACAUGAGCGACAGGAACACGGAAAAUAUUAGUAGAUUGAAGGAUUAAGCUCAAAAAUAAAGGAAAUCUAAUCCUGGCUACGUAAAAUAUCGACCGCUUUACGCUAAAGCUGGCUUUAAUUAUUUAUUACGUUGUUUAUUACUAAAGUACGGCAGAUUUUAUGGAGUUUGUGCGCGCCUAAAACAAACUUCGAAUCAAUAUUAAAGAUUUUGUGACCAAUUCCUAGCAUGAUGCAGCCUUUUGAGGUAUCUAUAAAAUCCAGUGGCUAGCGCCCCACUCGGUACGUUUACAGCGGGGCCCCAGUGAGUUCAUGCACCCACAAAACUGCUUGGGGCCCAUUGUCAAAAUUAUAUAUUGCACCCCGUGGAGGUCAGAUACGAUUAUCGUAAAAUAAAAAUAUUUGUCCAGGUCCUAAUAAUUUGUAGAUAUUUGGUAUUAUAUAGUAAGCAAUAACUUGACUCAAUAUUUAAUUUAUUUUUGUGUCUAAAUAUUAUUAUACAGAUAUUCAAGUUACAUUAUAAUGGAAACCUACCAGCUACCCAAUCAAUUGCUUGAUCUUAAAAGGACUGGACUAUUUUUUUUUUUCAUCAUAGAUAUACAGGAAUUUUUGAUUAAUAAAAUAAAAUUGAAGUGUGGCUUGUCGCCUGUAAAUAGCUUGCAGAAAAGUGUAACGUUUUUCUUUUUUAAUCAACUUAAAAUUUUUCAAUCAUUCAUUCAUUAAUAUCUACAUUUUUAAUAUCAAACCCCAUAUAUUGUAGAAUUGAUAAAAAUAUUUAUUAAAAAAUAACAACGAAAGUUUCCCAAAAUCGAAUAUUUCAGCUGUUAUCAAAAUAAUUGUUAAUAUUUUAUUUCCAAAUAAAAAUAUCUUAAUUCAUAGUACUUAAUAAUGUGACUGUUUAUUCUACUGAAGUUCAACACGUUUGUGAAAUUUGUGGAAAUAUUUUACAUACCAGUUCUAAUUAAUAAGUAGAAUAUUUUCACAAAAUAAUGAAACAUUUGUCUUUAUAAGAGAUUAACUAUCUACGAACCACUACUGGAAAGCUAGGGUUUUGUAUUUUACUCAUACUAUCAGCUAAAUAAAAUACCUACAAUACAUACAACACUAACCAAUGAAUGCCGUUUCUAACAGAAAGAAACGUAAGGCCUAUCGACGCCGUAGCCCAUACGGUAAAAAAUAAAAUUGAGUGAUUUUUCCAUGAAACACCAAUUUUUUAUUAACAUAAUGAAUUGUAAAUAUUUUGUCCUUUUUACUCUUUCAAAUUACUGUAUUGACGAGUGAGAUAGUUGCAACGUAAAUCUUACCUUGCUUGUGACUAUUUUAAGAAUAAUUACUAUUUACAUUUCGUAUAUUUACUGGCUUAAUGUUUUUGCCUCUCAUUAGAAAUAAUAAGAAUUAAAUAAAUUACUGUGCUGGGUAAAGUGUAGUAAUACUUUUUGUUAAUUUACCUAAAGACGCCACUUGCGGCCCACUGAUUAAGUACAGGGGCCCCGUCGAGUUCAAAACGGGGGCCCAAACGCAAAGUACCUAAUUUAAAUAUUUGAAAAUGUUUGUGCCAAAUAUGGAUAAAUAAAAAAACACUAUUUUUAGUUUCUCAGUGAAUAAACUAUGUGCUAAUUUUACCCAGCACUGUAAAUCCUAGAAUUAUUUUUUAAAUAUCUCCUUCAAGAUUUUACCUAUCAAUAAUAUUAUCUUAUAUCAACUAUUUAUACCUCAAAGUUUUCAACAUAUCCUAACAAGAAUUUACAUAUAAUCAGAGCUUUUAUUUGUCUAAUAAAAUGCAUGAAUAGAUAUUAAAAUUAAUGAUAUUUCGCAAAUAUUGAUGUUGUACAUGAAUAAUACAGAACCAAUAUACAAAUAAAAUGUUCUAGAAACAA